AUGCCCUAUGAUGACCUAGUCAAACUCAGGCAGCAGAUCAUGCCCGACCUCGCGAUUGCCAUGGGAGAGAUGUCACAAGCUCGAGAUCUCAUAGCUCUACUUCUCGCGUCCCACCCCGCUCCCACGUCCUCCAUUCCCAACGACAUUCUCCCUCAACUCGGCCAGCGCCCACCAAUCCCCGCACAGAACGCCCCCGAGCUCCCCAAGGACGUCCUCACAUCCACGAUCGUCACUAAACCACCACCAAUACCCUCCGUCCAAGCCUUCAAUGCACAGCUGGCCUUGGGGAGCAAGGACGAGGCCCUGCGCAAGGCGUCCAAGCUCUUCAAAGAUGCGGCGGAGGAUAUGGAGCGCAGCAGAAUAAAGGAAGAGAAGUACUUCCUCAACGCGCUCAAGAUCAGGCGCGAGAACUGGGGAAUGGUGCCCGCGCCUUUACCAUUGUGGAUGGCCCAAGCGAAAGGGUCAGAGAAGACGGCGAUGGACCUCUUGGUCUGCUUUGGGUUGGAGGAGUCCCCACCAGCCUUCCGCCGCCAGUCUAUCGCGACGAUGGGCUCCUUCGAGGCCGACACGGACCCGCUCAACUUCCCACACCGCCAGCGCACGCGCCUGCGCGUCACGCUCACGACCACCCUGCCUUCCGGCGCGCGUGUGCAGUCGCAGAAUACUAUCACGCACGCACCUGUAGAUGCACCAGCGCUGCACGCGCAAGAGGAAGCAUCAACGCUGCAUGGGCUCAUCCAGCAAGCGCAGCACGAGAUGGUCGACCGCGAGAUGUUCUCUGUGCUCGUGCGCGAGGCAGGGCACCUACCCACUGCCGCCGCGCAUGUGAGGGAGAAAUUCAUCGUAAUCGAGGCCGCGCAGGGGGUGUCGUUACGCUUCGAUAUGGUCGACAACGAAACCCUCCUCUCCAACGCCCUCGCCACCGCCCCUACCCCUACCUCUCCCACCGACGCCGGCAAAUGCGACCUCAUCUAUGCCGCCCUCCAGGCUCUCCUCCUCCGCCAACACGCCAUCAACAAAAAACGGCGCCUGUCCCCUCCGGGCGCCCUCUGUAUUGACCCCGCCAACCCCGCCUCUACCUCCUCCUCCUCCACCCAGCCCUUCCUCCCCGGCACGCCCUACCUCCAGCACGCCCCGCCCAUCCUCCAGCCCAUCAUCGACCUGAUCCAGUACGCCGUGUUCUGCGACCGCAUCCGCGGGGAGAUGGAUCGGAUGGCGCGCGCGGUGCGGGCGGUGGGGAUUCCCUGUGGGCUGAGGUUUGAUCGGGUGGGCGAGUUGGGGGUCGAGUUGACGAAGAUGUUGGGGGAGGAGCAGGUGAUCAAUCGGCCGGUGGGCGGGGAGGGGGUGUUGGUGGUGGAUAAUAGGCAUUCAAUACGCUUCACCUUUCACUCGCCGUCGACGCUUGUGGCGCAUCUCGCGCAGGCGCAAGUCUCGAUCGCGACCCUUCCGCAGGCUCGACUCAACUCGACUUCACUAACUCUCCCUUAG